GAAUAGUUUCAUUUGAUUUCGAGACGAUCUAUUGGCUCGUUCGAAUGAAUUUAUACAUUCACACGGCAUCACAUUGCUAACGAUAUUCUCAGUGAUUUUGUCUUGUCUGACAUGUCCAAGACGAUUCCUUGCACACCCAAACUGGUGGGUCCCAAUGGAUUGAUCGUUAGGAAGCGAUUCGCUCGGCAUCCCGUCGUGAUCUCGGCCAAGCGCUUCGCAGCGAUCAAGGGACGAUCUCGCCAGGAAACGAAACAUGCCCAGAUAGAAGCCGUUGAGGAGGAGCGGCGAUACCGGCAGUACCUCAAGGAUGGCAACGAUCUACUUUGCAGCUUGUUCACAGAUCCCACGAUUCCCCAGGACCAGGUGAUUCGCCGGGUAACGAGCACGGAAAUUGUGAGCUCUGUCAAGGAAGUGGACACCAAGGUGGCCGACGACCGACUGCGCAAGCAACGUAUCCUGCGAGCGAACAAUUUACUGAAUCAACUGAAGCCUGGACCGAGAGCCCUGCACGGGGCUUUGUUGCUCAGCGAAAUGAUUCACCAGCGGAAGUACAAUGAGGAUCUUAACGAAGAGAUUGCCGCGGCUGCUCGAGCCCAAGAAGAGGCUGACGAGAAGCUAUGCCCGGAGGUCCUAAUACCCUUCGGACAUGUCACCGAGGAGGAGGAAAAGACCAAGGAAGCCGAAAGGAACCAGAGUUAUGCCAAGUUCAUACGUCAGGAUAUUGCAGAGCGUGAGAAGCUCAGGGAAGCAGAAAGAGAACAGAGGAUCUUCGAGGAGCAGGUGGACCGCGCUCAGUACAAGUGCUUGCAGGACAAGGAAGAGAAGGCCUUAAAAGAGAAGAAGGCCAAGAAAAUUGCCUUCUACCGCAAAGCCUAUCGGGAUGCUAUCCAGGAAAAAGCUGAGAUUGCAACUCAUGAAAAGAUUUGCGAUAAAAUCGACGACCGGCGAAACUGCGUCUACAACGUCGCUAAUCGGAACCUGAACACCCGCUUCGGCAUCCACGUAAAGGAAAUGAGGAAGAAAGAGCAGGAUGCUCGGGAGGUGCAGGCGGUGCGCGUUAUGCAGGCCCAGGGGGUGGCCAAGAGACUCCUGGCUGAGAAGCAGGCCACCGCCGAGGAUCGCUAUGAAUUCGAGACGCAGGUGGACGAGAACCGGCGCCAGUGCGAGAUCCAGGAGCUGGCCAAGCAGCGGCGAGCCUACCAGCUGGAGGAGCGUAAGCAGGGAGAACAAAAGUACCGGAAGGAGAAGGAGCUGCAACGCUUCAUGGUGGCGCGUCGCCUCAAGAAUGCCGAGGCGAACCGCUUCUUUGAUGCAUCGCAGAAGCGCAAACAGGAUAAAGUUAAGGAGGAUCUGCGCAACGUGCUCUUCGGUCAGCGGGAGGAGUUCCUCGAGAAGCGACGCAACGAGCUGAUGAACCUGGCAGCCUGCAACGAGGACCCAUACCUGGCAGACGACAAGAAGUUCUACGAGGAGGCCGUCGAAAUAAUGGAGAAGUCACGUAAGGUGGGCAGACCUCUCUAUCCCAUAGCCACCGCGGUGAAGCGUUACGAGAAGCUGAACCAGCUGGACAUGCAGCCGGAGGGCAGGCUGGUGAAGCGCAGCCAGCUUAGGGACGGCUGCUGGCCAGGAUACUACUCCAAGGCGGAGCUGGCCUACCGGAAGUACGAGCAGCGUGAGAUGUGCCGGGAUGAACAGCAGAUCGAUCGCCACCAGAUCUUUUGCAACUCGGUGAAAAUCAAAAAGCUGGCCGAGUGCGAGAAGCCCUACGAGCCCUGCAAGCCAUCCUGUCCCAUCAAAUGCUUCCACCAUCGCGGUGUUCCGGCCACCGACAGUCAGGACAACUUUGACUAUGACAAGUACGUUUGCUACGAGGAUCCACCGCCUGUGGGCGCCUGUCCCGGACCCAUGCAGGUCAUUCACAACGAUCCACUGGACAACACUCGUCGGAUCAGCCAGACCUCUAUGAAGCUGCCACCGAUGCCAGACAUUGCCAAGCGGGAGACGACGGCAGGGGAUAAAUUGCGGUCCACGGUUGAAAGUUUGAAAGGAAGGACAUCCAAGUCCAAGCUGGUGCCCAAUGUCAAAGAGUCGCAGACCAGUUUAAAAGGCAUCCCUCCGGAGGCUGCUCCUAAGAGAAAGUCGUCAAAGGAACAACCUGAGAGCAAGGACACCAAAACUGACCCACAAGCAGCCCCAGCUCCGGUACCUAAAGUCCCUGUUCCGUUACCCACAUCUCAGCCACCGCGGAGGCGCCAGACGGUCGGUCGCGUGAAGAGGGGUAGCGACACCUCAAAGCCAGUUGCUCCACUCACGGGUAACGAUAGGCUCGCUCCCGUACCCAAUCCCACGGGAACCUGGGGCGACGGAUCACUGCCGAUACUGCCCCCAAAAAAGAAAUCGAAGUAAGGUCUUGGCGAGAGAUUCUAACCAAAUUUUCGUUUCAAUAGAUUGUAUUGUAUUGAUGUUGACCAUUCGCAAGUGCAGAUAGAAAAAAUAAAUGUAAGAAAAAUA